AGUUGCUAUCUUUGUCCUAUGAUGUUUAGUUAGCGUGACAAAAUACUGGGAGAAAAACCAAAGAAUUCUGAAAGGAUGACAGUGCUGCAAUGUGAACUAUACUCUUUAAAAUUUAACUGAAGUGCAAACACUCCUACAGACCCUAGCAAGUGGGAGACUGUGACUCUUAUAACAUUUGGAUUGCAGAUGGUAAACGUACACCCAACUUGCUGGAAAUGAAGACUUAUUUAUUGGUAGUUAUAUUUGGCCUUUUAUUAGUGGACCAGGCGAUUUCUUUAAGAAUUCCAGUGGAUCCUACAACAUCUUCCCCUACUGAACAGAAAGACCAAGUGAUAUACGUUCUACCUCGAAGUGAUUGGCAGGUUGGAGUUUUAAAGAACAUCACAUCAUCAUCUGAUGAGGUUGUUCUGUGGAAGCCUGAUUCACCUGAACACAUAGAAAAGAACAAAGAAGUUCAUUUCUAUGUAAAUGCAUCCAUUGUGGAAGAAGUAAAAUUUCAGUUGAAGGAAUCUGCAAUCACAUACACAGUAUUGGUUCAGAAUGCCCAGGAGCUCAUUGAUCAACAAACAUACAAUGACACAACUGGCCAACGUGGUUCCGUCUCCUACUAUGAGCAGUAUCAUUCGCUAGAAGAUAUAUACUACUGGAUAGAGCAAAUGGCAGAGAAACACCCUGAUAUGUUAGAAAGAAUUAACAUUGGAAGUUCAUUUGAAAAGCGUCCACUCUAUGUACUAAAGCUAUCUGGAAAAGAUACAAAUACAACAAAUGCCAUAUGGAUUGACUGCGGAAUACAUGCAAGGGAAUGGAUCUCUCCUGCCUUCUGCUUGUGGUUCAUUGGCCAUGCUGUCGGUUUCUAUGGUGUGGACAAACAAAUGACUACACUUUUGCAAUAUACUAACUUCUAUGUAUUACCAGUGAUGAACGUAGAUGGUUACCAUUAUUCAUGGACUACUCAUCGGAUGUGGAGAAAGAAUCGCUCUAUACAUCCACAUAGCAAAUGCACUGGAGUAGAUCUUAAUAGGAACUUUGAUGCAGGGUGGUGUGAGGAAGGAGCCUCCGAUAAUCCUUGUCAUGAAACAUACUGUGGACGGUUUCCAGAAUCUGAACCUGAAGUGGCUGCAGUGGUUGAUUUUAUCAAACAAAAUUUGGAUAUAAUAAAAGGUUACAUAACAAUUCACUCUUACUCUCAGAUGGUGCUGUUUCCGUAUUCUUAUAAAAAAGAGAAGUCCAAGGAUCACGAUGAACUGGCACAGCUGGCAAAUAGAGUCAUUGAUGGUAUUAAGCUAUCCUCAAAAAUCAAAUAUGUAUCUGGCACAGGAGCAAAUACUAUCUACUUGGCUCCAGGUGGCUCUGAUGAUUGGGCAUAUGAUCUGGGAAUUAAAUAUUCUUUCACCAUCGAGCUUCGAGAUAAAGGGGCUUAUGGAUUUUUGCUUCCUCCAAAGUUUAUAAGACCAACAUGCAGUGAUGCACUCACCGGGAUUAAAAUAAUAUCUGCACAUAUUGUUAAAAAAAUGUAAUGCUGGCAUAACUAACUACAACUACCUGAAAUAAAUUGCAUACAGCCAACACUGGACACAUGAACUUUUAUAAUCAAAUAUGACUACAAAUGCAUCAAAAUACAAUAUAAUAUUUUAACUGUAUUUACGAUAUCUUGUAAAUGACUCCCUAUUGUUUAUUGCAUGAAUUUGCCCCCAUUAUCUAAUUUCAGCAUCCAACAGAAAUAGGUUUUGGGACUUAUUUAGAGAAACUUAAGCAAAGUGUAAUAAAGAUGUUGUCCAAGGCAA